AUGGCCCUGCAAUUAUGGGAGGUCCUAAAAGAAUCGAUUACAGUAUACACAGGUCUAUCUCCAUCUACUUUCUUUUCAGUUCUUUCUUUGGGGCUUGCCAUUUACUACAUGAUCACAAAUCUAUUUGGGUCUUCCGAUGACGUGCCCGGGUCUUACCAAGAAAGGUCCAAAGAACCCGAAGAGAAGGUGCAGCCUCUCCCUCCUCCGGUUCAGCUUGGGGAAAUCACUGAUGAGGAGUUAAAGCAGUAUGAUGGGUCUGAUAAAAGUAAACCUCUGCUCAUGGCUAUCAAGGGUCAGAUUUAUGAUGUUUCACAGAGCAGGUUGUUUUAUGGACCAGGUGGACCUUAUGCUUUGUUCGCCGGAAAAGAUGCUAGUCGAGCUCUUGCAAAGAUGUCCUUUGAAAAAAAUGAUCUUAAUGGAGAUCUUACUGGCCUUGGUGCUUUUGAGCUCGAGGCCUUGCAAGAUUGGGAGUACAAGUUCAUGAGCAAAUACAUCAAGGUUGGAACUGUCAAGUCUAGCAUACCAGUUAGUGAUGGAGCAACUAAUGGUCAAGCAGCAGAGGCUGCUGAAACCGAUUCUACUAAGCCCACAGAAGAUGGUCCGUCAGUAAGUUCUGUCCCGGAAAUUGUGGAAACCGUGUCUAACGUUGAUGCGGGCAAGAAAGAGUGA